GUUGUUUUCUAUUUAUGAUCUGUAACGCAAAAAUUGUAGUUAAUUUUUUUGAUUAUAAUUUAUGUUAUAUUAUUUUUUUAUCCAUGUUUGGAAGUACUUGAUAUAACAAGGUCAUUUUUCUUUUAAAGAAAGUAUGUUUUAUAUAUCCAACUCUUUUAUUUGCAAGUCGAACAGGUUUUCUAAAGCGAUUUUGCACAACAUUAGAGCAAUGUCUUCUGAUGUUCCUAGAUUUCAAACUUUGUCAAUCACAAUUCCAAGAGAAUUUGUGUAUCAUGUGCAACUCAAUAGACCAGAACGUCUUAAUGCACUUAACAGAACAAUGUGGUCUGAUAUCGAAAAAUGCUUCCACAACUUGAGUAGUGAUGAGAAUUGCAGAGCUAUUGUAUUAAGUGGCAAUGGAAAGCAUUUCACAGCAGGGAUGGAUUUGCAAGAUACAGCUGAGGUAUUCCCUCAAAUUAAUGAAUUGGGAGAUGUCUCCAAGAAAGCGAAACAUUUUUAUCAAAUCUUAACUGAUUGUCAGAGGUCAAUGUCUUCUCUGGAACUUUGCCGCAAACCAGUUCUUGCUGCCAUUCAUGCAGCCUGUGUUGGUGCAGGUGUCGAUAUGAUUACUGCUGCUGAUAUGCGAUAUUGCACCAAGGAUGCCUGGUUUCAAGUAAAGGAGGUAGACAUAGGAAUGGCAGCAGAUGUAGGCACAUUGCAGAGGUUGCCGAAAGUUGUUGGAUCAGAUAGUUUAGCUAGAGAACUUUGUUUUACAGCUAGAAAGAUGCCUGCCUCUGAAGCACUGAGUUGUGGACUUAUAUCCAGGGUAUUCGAUACAAAAGAUGAUAUGUUGGAAAAAGUUUUAAAAAUAGCAGAGGAUAUAGCAAAGAAAAGUCCAGUGGCAAUCCAGGGAACAAAACUUAGUUUAGUUUAUUCCAGAGAUCAUACUGUGCAAGAGGGCUUGGAGCAUAUUGCUCUAUGGAACCAAAUGAUGUUGCAGAGUGAAGACCUGACAAAAGCGGUGAUGGGUCAAAUGUCCAAAGAUUCAAACAUAAGUUUUUCCAAAUUGUAAAACAAAGGUCUUAUGUGUAUAUAAUAUUAUGUUGGUGGUAUUUGUUUUGUUUAUUAAAAAGAAAAGUAAAUAGUA